GGAGAAUCUCUGUUCUCUUCAUGAGUGCUUCCAGGAGGCAUCUGACUAGUCCAGCAGGUUUUCCUUUUCUUUUUACCUCUGACUAUCAGCUGCUCAGCGAGAGGAAACAAUGGAGUAGGCCUAUUGCCGUUUUAUCACCUGCUUGUGUGUACCUCCUAGAAGAAUUUGGCUGACCGCCGUUGGAAACAAGAUGCUGACCUAGUCCAGUGCUUGCUUCCGAGUAAGCCUGCAUAAUACUGUGCACCACAUGGACCUUUGCUUUUUUCAACAGGACUCUUCUGAUUGCCUACGCAAUUCGGGGUUAGGGAAGGGCUUAGAAAUCACUUUGCAUCCCAAAAUGUUGCAACUCCCCCUCCCCGCGAAACCCACCAGCGUCUAGUCACCCAGGUGGUGAAUAGAAGAAGCCUGCGCGUGUGUGAGUGAGCUGGGCAGAAGGAGAUGUAAAGGCGGAGGAAGGCAGCCAGCUCUCGGAGACACAGCCGCUUCUCUGAUCUCCUCCUCUGCUUGCCUUUCGCUCCCUUGCAGCGGCUGGCAGACAAAGAACCUCUCUCCAUCGCCCCCACGCCGGUUGCGUUGCAUCGCCCAGCAGCAACCACAAGCCCCUUUCUGGACCAGAGACCUUCUUCCCCGCCCCCUCGGGCAGCACCUCCGCGCCUGCAAGGCGAGGCGGAUCGGGCUCAAGAUGGCUUUAGCUCGCUUCUGCAUCUUGCUUUCUUGCUGCUCCAGCUGCCUCCCGGCCGCCGCCGCCGCUGCCGCCGCUGCAGCCGCAGGGCCGGCCGAAGCGGACGGUGAUCCUUCCAAGGAGAUGGAGUGCAAGCUGAAGAGCAUCACGGUGUCGGCGCUGCCCUUCCUCCGGGAGAACGACCUGAGCAUCAUGCACAGUCCCUCGGCCUCCGAGCCGAAGCUCCUCUUCUCGGUGCGCAACGAUUUCCCCGGCGAGAUGGUGGUGGUGGACGAUCUGGAGAACACCGAGCUGCCCUUCUUCGUGCUGGAGAUUUCCGGGAACACGGAAGACAUCCCAUUAGUGCGUUGGAGACAGCAAUGGCUUGAAAAUGGUACACUGCUCUUUCAUAUUCACCAUCAGGAUGGAACUCCCAAUCUGCCAGGUUUGGAACCCACAGAAGAGCCCCAGAGCGAGUCGGCAGAAGAAGAGCUGAGGAUCCUUCACAUCUCUGUAAUGGGGGGGAUGAUUGCACUUCUGCUUUCCAUCUUGUGCCUGGUAAUGAUCCUCUACACUCGUCGGCGUUGGUGCAAGCGGCGACGGGUACCACAACCCCAGAAGAGCGCCAGUGCUGAAGCAGCCAAUGAGAUUCACUACAUCCCCUCAGUGCUGAUUGGGGGUCAUGGCCGUGAGAGCCUGCGGAAUGCCCGGGUGCAAGGUCACAACUCCAGUGGGACCCUGAGCAUCCGGGAGACUCCCAUCCUAGAUGGCUACGAGUAUGACAUUACUGACUUGCGUCACCACCUGCAGCGGGAAUGCAUGAAUGGUGGUGAGGACUUUGCUAGCCAGGUCACCCGAACCCUGGAUUCACUGCAAGGCUGCAAUGAGAAAUCGGGCAUGGAUCUCACGCCAGUUUUUGCCUUAAAUUCUUCCUGUUCAGGAAGUGACAAUGCCAAGCUGUCCUUGAUGAACAAGUACAAAGAUAAUAUCAUCGCUACCAGCCCUGUGGACUCCAACCAUCAACAGGCUACGCUGCUAUCUCAUACAUCCAGUAGUCAGCGCAAGCGGAUCAAUAACAAGUCACGAGCUGGCUCUGCAUUUCUGAACCCUGAAGGGGAUUCUGGAACAGAAGCGGAUAAUGACCCCCAGCUGACCUUUUAUACAGACCCAUCGCGGAGCAGGAGGCGAAGUAGGGUGGGUUCGCCAAGAAGUCCCAUUAGCAAGACUACCCUGACACUCAUCAGCAUCACCAGCUGCUUUAUAGGCCUAGUCUGUGCCUCCCAUGUGAACUGCCCACUUGUGGUCAAGAUAACCUUACAUGUUCCAGAACACCUCAUCGCUGACGGGAGUCGUUUUAUCCUGCUAGAGGGUAGCCAGUUGGAUGCCAGUGACUGGUUAAACCCUGCCCAGGUGGUUCUCUUCUCCCAGCAAAACUCUAGUGGGCCCUGGGCCUUGGACUUGUGCGCCCGACGACUUCUUGACCCCUGUGAACAUGAGUGUGACCCUGAAACUGGUGAGUGCCUUUGCUAUGAAGGUUACAUGAAGGACCCAGUGCACAAACACCUCUGCAUCAGGAACGAAUGGGGCACAAACCAAGGGCCAUGGCCGUAUACCAUAUUCCAGCGUGGAUUUGAUUUGGUACUGGGAGAACAACCUUCUGACAAGAUAUUCAGAUUUACCUACACUCUUGGGGAAGGGAUGUGGCUGCCUCUGAGCAAGAGCUUUGUGAUACCCCCUGCUGAACUGGCUAUCAACCCAUCUGCCAAGUGCAAAACAGACAUGACCGUGAUGGAGGAUGCUGUGGAGGUCAGGGAAGAACUGAUGACAUCCUCCUCCUUUGACAGCCUGGAGGUACUUCUGGAUUCAUUUGGGCCAGUUCGGGACUGCACCAAAGACAAUGGUGGCUGCAGCAAGAAUUUCCGCUGCAUUGCGGAUCGGAAAUUGGACUCUACUGGUUGUAUGUGUCCGCCCGGUCUCAGCCCUAUGAAAGACAGCACUGGCUGCUAUGAUCGUCACAUUGGUGUGGACUGUUCAGAUGGAUUCAAUGGUGGUUGUGAGCAGCUCUGUCUACAGCAGAUGGUGCCUUUGCCAGAAGACCCUGCUUUGUACAAUAUCCUUAUGUUCUGUGGAUGCAUUGAAGAUUACAAGCUAGGCAUGGAUGGACGAUCAUGCCAGUUGAUUUCAGAGUCCUGUCCAGAAGGUGGUGAUUGUGAAGAGAGCCGAGAGCAUCCCAUGAAUCAAACUCUCUUUGGGGAGAUGUUCUAUGGUUACAACAACCAAACGCAUGACGUAGCACCUGGACAGGUGCUGAAGGGGACAUUCAGGCAGAAUAACUUUGCCCGUGGUUUGGAGCAACAGUUGCCAGAUGGGCUGGUGUUGGCCACAGUCCCGUUGGAGAACCAGUGUCAAGAGGAACUCUCUGAGCCUACACCAGACCCAGAUUUUCUAACUGGGAUGGUGAACUUCAGUGAGGUGUCUGGCUAUCCUUUGCUACAACACUGGAAGGUACGCUCUGUCAUGUACCACGUCCGGCUCAACCAGCAGACUGUCUCCCAGUCUUUUGGCAAUGCUCUCCAUUCCCUGGAUGGAGCCACUUCCCGAGGAGAUUUUGUGGCUCUGCUGGAUCAUUUUGGCAACCACUACAUCCAGGAAGCUAUCUAUGGCUUUGAGGAGUCCUGCUCCAUCUGGUAUCCCAACAAGCAGGUCCAAAGGCAGCUCUGGCUGGAAUAUGAAGAUAUCAGCAAAGGUAACUCCCCAUCAGAUGAGUCUGAGGAGCGUGAGCGAGAUCCCAGAGUACUCACUUUUCCAGAAUACAUUGCCAGCCUGUCGGAGUCGGGAACCAAACGCAUGGCAGCUGGUGUGCGCAUGGAGUGCCAAAGCAGAGGCCGAUGUCCAUCAUCUUGCCCUUUGUGCCAUGUGACCUCUAGCCCGGAUACUCUGGCUGAUCCCAUCCUCCUGGAAGUCACCAAAGCAGCACCCAUCUAUGAGCUGGUCACCAACAAUCAAACUCAGAGGCUGUUACAAGAGGCCACCAUGAGCUCACUGUGGUGCUCGGGUAGUGGGGAUGUCAUCGAGGACUGGUGUCGGUGUGACUCAAGUGCCUUCGGUGCUGAUGGGCUUCCAGCCUGUGCACCUCUCCCACACCCUGUACUGAGGCUGUCUACUGUUCAUGAGCCUAGCAGCUCCCUGGUGGUACUGGAGUGGGAGCACUCGGAGCCACCAAUUGGGGUGCAGAUUGUUGAUUACCUCAUCCGCCAAGAGAAGGUCACUGACCGCUUGGACCAUUCCAAAGUAGAAACUGAGACAGUGCUGAGCUUUGUAGAUGACAUCAUCUCUGGAGCCAAGUCACCCUGCGCCAUGCCAGCACAGGUGCCUGACAAGCUGUCUACAACCAUCUCCUUAAUCAUUCGCUGCUUGGAACCUGACACUACCUACAUGUUCACGCUCUGGGGUGUUGAUAACACAGGAAGACGCUCCAGGUCAAGUGACGUGACCGUGAAGACCCCUUGUCCAGUUGUGGAUGAUGUGAAGGCCCAAGAAAUAGCAGACAAGAUCUACAACCUUUUUAAUGGCUACACUAGUGGAAAGGAGCAGCAAACCGCCUACAACACUUUGUUGGACUUGGGCUCACCAAGUCUUCACCGGGUCCUCUAUCACUACAACCAGCACUACGAGAGCUUUGGAGAGUUCACUUGGCGAUGUGAGGAUGAAUUGGGGCCCAGAAAAGCUGGCCUGAUCCUCUCCCAGCUCGGGGACCUCAGCACCUGGUGCCAUGGCCUCCUACAGGAGCCCAAGAUUGGCCUCCAGCGCACAUCACUCAAAUUCCUUGCCUGCCGCUACAGCGAGAUCAAGCCAUACGGAUUCAGCUGGGCAGAGCUAAGCCGGGACCUCAAGAAGACGUGCGAGGAGCAGAUGUUAAGUGUCCUCUACAAUGACUAUGGGGACAAGGACAACUGAGAGGGCUCAAGAGGAGAAGAAAACGGCCUUCCUCAGAGUCAGGGGAAGAUAGGGAGUUUAUAGGUGCAGGUUGGGUGGGUUUUGUACAUGGAACUUCAGGGCAUCAGAGAGAUCUCUAAAGACAAUUUUCAGUCAAGGAGAGAAGAUUGGGUUCUUUGCAUUGGCUAACCUAGGCUGACAUGGCCAUUAGCCUUCCCACAUUUGCAAGCUUUGUGGGACCCAGAGGGUAUUCUUCAUUGUUUUGUGUGGAGUGAGGCAAGAGCAGUUGACUCUUCUAAUUUUGCCAAGAAGUUAUUCCGCUUGGUGUGGGGAGGCAUUAGUACAUGUGCAUAUGUGUGUGUAGCGGGGAAUAACCUUCCUACACACUGGGCUACAAGAGUAGUAACCUGUUUUCCCUACAUACGCUGUAGAAAUUUAAAAAACAAAACAAAAAACCACCAGACUAGCCUUGGCCAACAAAAGGGGGUAGUCUUUUUAUGGAACUAAAAAAAAAACCAGCAGCAGCAGGACAAAAAAGAACAGAGGCAGGUUCAACAGGAAGAUAAAUACUUGGCAUGAGUUGGAUCCAAAUCCUAAUUCUAGUGGAGAAAGACUUGUGCUUCCAUAUGGUAUCAGCUCCUCCUGUGUCUUCACAUAGCGCCCACCUCCUUCCCAUGCCACAACAGCAAGCCUUUGUAGGAUGUCCCUGGUGCAUCUCUCUCUGUGACCCCACAAGCUGCUUCCAUGCCUGUGACUUGAAUAGAUGUCUUUGGGAUGCAUCAAGAGCUGACCAGAGAUUGCAACACUGCACAGCCUAAUGGCAGGAAACACAAUAUAGCCUAUACAGCCUCAAAUGCUGCAGAGUGCUGAACACAACCAGAACCAGAACCUCCUGUAUGUAAGUUAACUGAAUUCUGACAUCAGGAGACACAAGUAGAAUAAAUUUCCCAAGUUUUAUUAGAUAGAAGCCUGAAAGCAGAGGUUGGACUAAUUAGUUCAAGACACUGUCUGCCAUCCAGCCUGUGCCAGCAGGUGGCGCUUCAUUAUAAGCAAUGGAGUAACUGAUGGGAAGGAGGACUAAGGGUGCAUAGAGAUCAGUGUAUCAAGGCAGGUAAAUUGUGAUAAGAGUUCAUGGCCUGAAAAAAAAACACUCUGAAGUGUGAGAAGGUCCUCAUUUGCUACUGGAAACCCCUUCCUGGCCUAUACUAAGAUGUCCCAGUGCUCAGCAAGCAAGAUCUGUGUAUGGAAGUAAGUUUCUGCACAUACAGCCCAUACAGAUGUGGCUUUGCUUCUGGAUAUGCAUCCAGACUGGCAUUUCACUUGUUAUCCAGACUCUGUUCCUGUGACCAGAUGCCUUGUCUUUCAAUACAGGUGGGGACAGGCAUCUCCAUACAGGGCCAGACAUGUUGCUCGUGGCUAAAACUUGGCUGGCACAAAGCACAUUGGAUCUUUAGCAAAUUGUGACUUCACCUUGUCAAGUAAGAGAUCCUUAUUCCCCCCCCCCCAAAUUUACCUAGUAUCUUUCAAUGCUCAGAUUUUCUCUCCCCAGGCGCAAUAGAUAGAAAUAGCCAUUCUGUGACUUCCUUGACCUUCCUUUCAUGCCGUGUUUGCAAGGGAGAGAGUUUGGGUGCAGGACAAAAAGUCAUGUGUGCUGCAUCCAUGGAGUGUUGGUUCCUGAAUGCCAGAGCCUUUAACAUGUGAAUAUUGCCUCUUAUCAAGGGGAGUUAUUUCAAUGUCAGAGGCUCACUUCCCACUCUAAAGACUGCAGAGCCACAUCUUGAAUGACGUGGGGUGUCUCCAAUCCUACCCCAUGGCCAACACUGUAGUGACAUUUGAUAUUUAUUGAGGUUGCUCAAAGGAAUCCACUUUGCUGUUGUUGCAGAGUGAUAGAUCUUCAGGGCCAAUGGAAAUACAUGGGCUCUGCAUGACCCUUUCUGAAAUAGAUUUUAGUUUACAGCUGUAGCCCCUUGUAUUCCAGAAGACCAAAUGAAAAGCCCUGCUGGAUUAGACUGAAGUCUCACCUAGUCCAAAAUCCAUUUUACAGCAAUGGCCAACCAGAUGCCUCCAGGGAGCCACCAAACAGGGCAUGAAGCCUGCAGUUCCCCCGCCUUUAUUUGGAGAAUGGGCUGUCUCUGGACAUGGAGGUUCCAUUUGGUUAUCAUGGCUGUCAGCUGCUGACAAACCCAUUCUCUGUGAAUUUGUCUAAUUCUCUUUUGAAGCCAUCUGAUUUUGUGCCCAUUGCCACAUCUGGUGGCAGUAAAUGCCAAGCUACUUAUGCAUGGCCUGAAGAAAGUGUUUUCUCUGAAAAGUACUUUCCCCAAGAUUCAGGAUCUGUUGCAACAUUUACUUAUUGUGAUGCAGGCUUAGAAUAAUGAGAUAAAGGUUGAGAUUAUUCCCAUUUUGCAGCUGGAAAAGCAAGCCUAAUGGGAACAUAGUUUGUCCAAGGAUAUACCAGUAAACCUUUGUCCAAUUUGCUAUUCACUUUCCCCAUGAAAGUGCUGGAAAGCACUACCUUUCCCAGCAUCCUUUUUGUCUUCUCCCAGCUUCCAUUCACUUCUUCCCCCAAGUAUCAGGCACCACCAGAACUGGUAUAAAGCCCUCCACCCACGGUGCUGGAAACAGAAGAUGCACGGGGAAGGCUGAGGAGGGAGUGCCCAUCCCACCACAGCACCAGAAAUUACUACAAAUCCAUUGGCAUUAGAACAUCUGAUGCACAGCCUUAAUUAGAAGUGCAAUGGAGCUCAAAUGUUCCCACUGCCAUUAGGCCCCAGAUAACUCACUCGUAAGUUUCUGAGUCUUCCCCUUCACCCAAAGCAUAUCUGGUGGUGGCUCUGGCAGCAAUAACAAGAGGCCAUUCUGUGAAGCGAUAAUUGCUCCCUGGCAUCUGGAAUGCUGAAAUGGCAGCAUCCCAGGGACUCUGGGAUAUGUAGUUUUCCAGGGCACCCGAGUGCUCAAUAGGAAUAUUGGCUGUUCUAGAAACUACAUGUACCAGGAUUCCUUGCAAUUGUGACAGUGCUGAACAUACAAAUGUACCAGAUGCGAAGAGUUCUGAACUAUUCAGUUUCCUGUAUGCCUGAUAUUUUUGCUGAAGCACCUUGGAAAACAACAUGUCUCAGACCCUCUUGCUGACCUGUGCAUAUUCAGAAGCUUGAUUAAUGGAAUCGCUUGGAUAUGUCUGACUGGCCACACCCACCACAUGAUCAGGGACAUCCACACACACAUCCUACUUCACCUAUCAGUGCACUAUCCCACUUUUCAAAAUUGCAUAAUCAUAUACUCAUUUUACUUCUUAAAGUAAUAUUUAUAUUUCAUAUGAGGGGCAGUUCAAACAGAAUGUCCCCACUACACAAUUAUAAAAAGUGGAAUGCUAUGCAGGGAGAGGGAGCAGGAUGUCCAUGAUCACAUCCCUAAUUGUGUAGUGAGCAUGGGCAGUUGGACACCUUGUCCAAGCCAGCUCAUUUUGAGCCAGAGAAGACCUUCCCAGGGGACUCGGUUCAAAAUGCAGCCAAGCUUUAUGAGCUAAAGAAACGUGUGUUCCAAACCAAGUGAUAAUGAACUCCAGCAACGUCUCUAGAACCAAUAAGAUUAGGAGAAACUCAGUUCAGUUGUGGCUCAUCUUGGCUUCUGAUCUGCUGGUGUUGACAUGAAAAUUAGAAAGAACCGAGAGCUCCAGCUGAAUGUGCACGGAUCUAAGCUGUGCUUAGCGGCCUCUUGCCUGUCAGCUGACAGCUUUUCAUCUAGUGUGAGUUGGGAGAGGACUUCAGCUAUGAAGACCUCAUGAUGAAAUGUUCCCUCCCCCAUCCCCGAUUUAGAAUCUAUUGAUUUCCCUUCAAACAUUUUGGCACAGAAGGAAGUUAAUUGGAUCCGUGUGCUGCCAUUGCAAUGCCCUGGCAAGUUAUGUAACAAUGUUUGCCUAGCACAAAGGGCAGUGUUUAAGAUUUUGUGUGUGCAGGCUUGCAAGAUUCAGCAAGGUCCACCCUUGAAUACAUUCCAAGUCAAAUUGUGAGAAAGGGGUGCAUUUUCAGAGUGCUUAUUAGAAAACAUGUAGAUCUAAACCCCACCCUGUGGGUGAGUGGGAUAUUCUUGAGCAGAAAAACAGUUAGAGGGGAAAUGGCAAAGCAGUCUUUCCUCCCACUGCCCUACCUUCUGUUCCUCUGCUUCCAGCUGUAGCCUCCCACAACUGCAUUUAAGUUUUGUUGUUGUUUUUUAAAGGCUAUUGGAAGACUUCAACACAGACUUAACAUCUAAUUUGUCACUCAAGUGUUAUGGGGCUAGUGAAUUGGUCAGCAAUGUAAGUACUCCUAAGGAAUAACUCUAUGGUCUGCCCUUGCCCAGCACCAUAUUCCCUUGAUUUGAGAGCAUAUCAGGACAUAAAGCAGAGCCUUGCUUCUAAGCAUGGAGGUUCCAUUUAGUUGUCCUAGCUAAUAAUAACCAUCAAUAGACCUCUGCUUUGUGUCAAAGUCCUCAUGUGAAGUGAGCAGAGCGUGCCAGAUGCCAUCAGUACUCGCUUUCUCUAACUAAAAUUGUGGCUCAAGUGCAGCGCUGGACAACACGGGCAUUUGGAGCAUCACCUGCACUGCUGCAUCUGUGUAAACACCACCAGCGGUGUUCUGUAACGGAGAUGUCAUACUCAGUUGUAAAGUUGUGCAGACACAAUUGCGUGAUGUUGCAACUGCAUUUGUGCAACUUUCCAGCUGAGAGGAACUGCCAGGUUGCGCAACACCAUGGAUGAUGUCUACGCAGAUGCAGCAGCGUGAGCAGUGCUCCAACUGCUCACGUUGCCUUGUGCAGCAUGGGAGCCACUGAUGGGAAGGAGCUUGUAGACAUUCCAGCCAAGAGGAGGAAGACUCUGGGGCGGAUGGCGGGGCGGGCGAAAGCUGCUGUAUGCUUCUCUUUUCCUCAAAGGGUAAUGGUCCAAUGGGGACAAAAAAAGUAAUGGUGCCUACCUCAUGUUCAAGAGAUGGUAUGAGACUAAGUGCUAGAUGUCACCAGCAGACUCUUAUCCCUCAAGAGAGACUUCCUCCUGAAUGACCAUAUACUCCUUAAUUUGUCUCGGCAAGAAAAGUGUGGCUGCCAUCUUGUCCAAGUGCUUGCAGUCUAAAAGCUACAUUCCAGAUGGCAGAGGCCAUUCUGUCCAGACCAUGUCAGAUUUCUAGCAGAGACAAGUCUCAAGCAUAGGCAAAAAGUUGUGGGAGAAAGCCACGUCCGGCAGGGACUUCUGACAUCAGAAUGGCCAGUAAUGAUAGAACAACCCCACCCUACUCACACACAUACAAAUGCACAGAGGCCAACAUGAUGCGUCGCAUCCCAACAAUAGUGUGAGCUAUGCCGGGGUUGCUGCAGACUCAGAAGGCAGCCCUGACCCUGUUGAGAAUGAGCGGUUGCGCAAGCAACAGUGAUUCAGCACUGUUGUAGCUCUGCUUGCACAACCUCUUGUUCUCUUUUUAAAUAUAUUUUACAUUUUUAUUGAUUUUAACAAUAUCUUAACAUUAACAUCACAUUAAACAAAUAUUGACUUCCCGCUCACACCUCCUCGUGAAUCACGAACUAUAGAAUUAACCCUUGCUAUAAUAAUAAUUCAAAACAUAUAUCUUAAACCUUACAAACUCAAUUUUGAUCUACCCAACCUGCUAAUAUUACUAAAUUUCAAACCCUGUUGUAAAAUCAGUAUUAGGAAAAUAGUUGUUUAAGUAUAAUAAGAAUGGUUUCCAAUCUCCUUUAAAGCAUUCCAAAUUUUGGUCUCUUAUCAGUACUGUAAGCUUUGCCAUCUCCGCAUAUUCCAAAAUUUUUAUUAGCCAAUCUUCUUUUGAGGGCAGUUCAUUACUCUUCCAUUUCUGCGCAUAUAUUAUUCUGGCCGCCGUGGUAGCAUACAUAAAAAAUGUUAAGUUGGUUGUAGAAAACACUCCUUGCGUUAUUCCCAGCAGGAAGGAUUCUGGCUUCUUAGGAAAUGUCAUUUUAAAAAAUUUCUUUAACUCAUUAUAUAUCAUGUCCCAAAAGGCCUUAGCCUUCCUACAAGACCACCACAUAUGAAAAAAGUUCCUUCAGAGUGUCCACAUUUCCAGCAUUUGUUUGAAACAUUUUUAUACAUUAAUGCCAGUUUUUUAGGUGUCAAAUACCACCUAUACAUCAUUUUAUAAUAAUUUUCUUUUAAAACGUAACAUCCAGUGAACUUUAAAUUGGUUUUCCAUAAUUUUUCCCAGGCUGCCAUUUCUAUAUUAUACCCCACAUCGUGAGCCCAUUUUACCAUAGUUGUUUUAACCACUUCAUCUCUUGUCUCCUCCAUAAGCAAGAGCUUAUACAUUUUAGAAACUAAUUUUUCAUCAUUUUCACACAGCUCCUUCUCAAAUGUCAACAUCUGAUCCUCAAAUCCAACUUUAAGAUCCUUCUUAUAAACUUCAUUUAACUGAUGGUACUGAAACCAAUUACUAACUAAAUUUUGUACUUCAAUUAAACUUUUUAACUUACAGUCCUUUUCUUGAAAACAUAACAAAUCCCUAUAGGUUCCCCAUUGCGAUCGCAUAUUUACCUCUUUACGUACUAAAGCUUCAAUCGGGGAUAACCAUAACGGAGUUUUAGGUUCCAACCAUUUUUUAUAUUUUACCCAAACUCUUAUUAAACUCCUUCUUACAUAGUGGUUAAGAAAAUCUUUAUGUACUUUACUUUUGUCAUACCACAAAUAGGAGUGCCAUCCAAACCUUCUGUCAAAUCCCUCCAGAUCAAGUAUUCUAGAAUUUCUUAAUGUUAUCCAUUCUUUUAACCAUGUAUAACAAACAGCAUCAAAAUACAACCUUAAGUCUGGUGGGGUAAGUCCACCACACAACCUCUUGUUCUCAACAGGGUGAGCGCUGCUCAUGUCUGCAGACAUGUCUGCAGACGCCCCAGCAUGGUUUGCACCAUUGCUGGGAUGCUACGCAUCAUGUCGGCCAGUGUCUUUUGCUGACUGCUCUGGGUACAGAAACAAGUUACUUCUCUCUGUCCUUGAUGGUGCUGGCUGACAUACGGUGCAAUAUUAUGUGCACCUUGUAAUGGGACAUUUACGCAAUUGGGCAAGAGCACUGCUGCACUAAGCACAAGACUUGCACACAGUUGUUCCCCAUGGCUGUCAAUUGUGUGAGCGCCUUUGCACCAUUUUUGCAAUUUGUGCAGCAGCACUCUUGUGCGACGGUGUGAAUGUUACACUGCAAGGUGCAUGUAAUGUUAUACAGUAUGUUGGCCACAGAGUAUUUCUAGGAGAGCUAGCAACCAAUUCAAGAUACCUGAAUCAAUGAGUGGUGUGAGUUGAGGCCUAAACUACUUUUGAAGGUGCGAGGGACAUAAUUGGUUUGGCUCUAGAGAACUGAGAGCAAUGGAGGGGAGAAAACCUCCCCACGCCUUCCACAAGCAAAAAUGUCACUCUGUUUGCACACGUUAGUUGAGCUCCAACCUUUUGUUUUUAAAUGAUGCAUGCACUUGUUGCAGGCUGCAUCAGGGGCUUUCUUUUCUGUGUGUGAGAAGAAUGCCUCUUCAGGCCGGCUGCUGCCACUUUGUAAACACGUGUACGAAAAACAACUAUACGCCAACGUGAUAUGCAAGCCUAACGGCCACGGAAGGCAUCAUUGCACCACUGUUGCAAACACACAAGCCGUGAUCGCGGUGCUGCUGUCAUGUGCAAGCAGCAUUCCCACAGUUCCCCCCAUUUGCUACGAAGGGGAAAGCCAACAGCAUCACUCUUUCUGUGCCAGCAGCAGCAGUAACGCCCCACUGCCUUCCAUCACCAUUAGGCUUGUGUAUCAUGUUAGCCACUAAAAAAUAAAUUACUGCUGCCAGAUUGAUCGAAACACCUUUGGAAGCAACCCAGUGGCUUUUAAUUGAUUAAUUAGUUGACUAAACAUGGCAGCCCUAAUUUCUCGCAUCAGCUCAUGCACAACCACAAGCAUUCUUAAAAAACAAACCCUUGCUUCUCCCACACCGCUAGGAUUUCUUCCUUCCUUCUUCCAGCCCUGUUAUUUUGCCAGUGCUACUCCUAUUGCAUGCCCACUGCCCAAGUCCCUGCGCCCUACAAAAGCCAUGUCUGGUUACCCAGCAGAGUGCUUUAAUCUGUGCCAAAGUCCUGGUUACAGAAGUCUGGGGUUUCCUAGAUGCAGAACCAACAACCCCCCCCCACCCCCCGCGCGCACACACACAUACUUGCCCUAUGAUACAGCAUUCAAACAUAUUUUGAAUUGCUGGAAUAAUUCCAUUGUGGUAUUGUGCUUUUGUUGUCACUAAUUUUGCUGGUACCAUUCACGGGAUUGUUAAAGCAUUAUAACUUCUUCAACAGACGCUGACUUUAUAGUGUUGUGGGAUCACAAUAGGGCCCUAUAUCCUGUGCCUGUUGCCACUCAUGAAGUAGUCCUAUAACAUUUAGGUUUAAUUAGCAUUUAAUAUGUCCUUGUAAUGUAAAAAGAGCAAGCUAGCGUAUUCUUCUGUAUUUUUUUACCUCCUUCAGUUGGUUAGCAUAGAUUGUAAAAUGUUGGGGUUUUUUAAUGUAGUGUUUUACUAUGUUCCAAAUGGUUCCAAGUAGGCAUGGCUGAUGUCCCUAACUUAAGAGCAGCACACUGAAAUCAUCUCAUGAUCAAGGGUCACAACCUUUGCCACGUCAGUUCCUCCUUCCUUGGUCUUUGCUGUUCUUGCUUCUCCUCUCCCCACCCAGAAGCCCCUCCCCAACUGCUCCAUCUCUCUAUCUCAAUGCUGCUCCUAACUCUCCUGCUCCCCCCUCCUGCAGACCAAUCAUAUAAUUAUUAACCUCCCUAGUUUGGAGAACAGACCCACACAUUAGCAGUGUCUCAGAGUGGUGAGGGUACGCACCAGUACACAAUCACAAGGACCCUGAUGCUCCCUCCCCAAGUUUUCUACCAUGUUCUUUCUUUGUUGCUCCACCUUCAUCCUUUGAGCUUCCUCAACACCAACAGCUGGUUGGGAAAGGGGAUAAGGAGGGAUCAGAUCCAAGCCUCUGUCUUACACCAUCUUCUUCAAACUGAGAACCAUCUCAGGAACACAGGAAGCUGCCAUAUACUGAGUCAGACCAUUGGUCUAUCAAGCUCAGUAUUGUCUUCACAGACUGGCAGCGGCUUCUCCAAGUUGCAGGCAGGAAUCUCUCUCAGCCCUAUGUUGGAGAUGCCAGGGAGGGAACUUGGAACCUUCUGCUCUUCCCAGAGCAGCUCCAUCCCCUGAGGGGAAUAUCUUACAGUGCUCACACUUCUAGUCUCCCUUUCAUAUGCAACCAGGGCAGACCCUGCUUAGCUUAAGGGGACAAGUCAUGCUUGCUACCACAAGACCAGCUCUCCUCUCCUUUAAUAAUCUCAGAUGCCAGUGCUGCCAUAUUAAGGUUUGUUCACACAUGCUUAACUUGAGCCAUUGAGGAUGCUCACUACAUGGCAAGAGAGUGGUAUCCAUGUUGGCGUAUUUGCUGAAGCAAGAACCAUCCAAACAAACUGGGAAUCUAAGAUUUCAAGGGUCAUUGAAACACUAAUAUCUGAACCAGCAUCUUGCAGGAUUUCAGCUCACCACAUAACAAUGAUUUAUCAAAUAAUUAUGUUUCCUGUAUUUACAGCUAUUGUGUUGUGAAAACAAAGAAAUAGUUUGAGCUCCACUGCACCUGUCAACAAUCUGACCACUCUUUAACUGGUUUUUUUUGAAUGAAACAAUACAGUGGAGUUGAACUUUUUUCUUAUUCUUAUUGUUUCCUCUUCAAGAUUCUAUAUGCUGUACUAACAAGAUUAUAUUUUACUUGUGAGGUUAUUCUAGAUGCAGAUGGUUGGGACAGUUCAUUUUUCUCUGAUGACUUUAUUUACUACAGUUCUCGUUCCUUGGUGUUCUCUUAAAAACUCUAAAGCAACUGUAGAUCAGUUAUGAGCAGGCUGGCAGCAGUGUCAGGAGAAGCAGUAUUAUGAUUGUUAUUCUUUUUAAAAGGGUUUCAAAGUAAUAAUUGUAACACUCUGUAAAAUCCAGAAGACCAUCUAACUGAAUAUUAAAUGAUGCUGUUAGUAAUUUGUAGGGUUGGGAAAUUGCAACGCAAUUUAUAUUUGCA